UUCAUGUCCAUAUUAUUUGUCCACUACCAAAACACAGUCAGGAGGAUUCUGACAGCAUGCAUGACGUUUAGCUGUGGGCAGCGACUAGUUAGUGCGCACUAGUGAGACCCGCCUCCUUUAAUUUUCGCUCUAUAACACACGGUUCCCUCAGUUCAUAACACUGAGGCUGUCUGUUUGUCUGUUCUCAUGUUAUUCAGCAGGUGAAUCACAUCUUAGCACUGGUUCUGCUUCAGACGGUGUGAGGUCGCUGUAGCCUGAUAUAACGUUACCGGUCAUCUGUUACGUGCUCUGGAAACGUCUCUGCAUGGAAUAACGUCAACACGCUACUGUCAUCCUAAAAACAGAUCGCUAUUGUGGAUUUGCAAUAUUGGAGGAAUUAUGAAUGAAUAAAAACACACCGACGUGGAUAAUCGAUAAACGCUGUGUAUCAAACCGUGAGCAAUUCUCUUGAAUAAUCUGUCAAUAACAAUCGUUCAAGACGGACGGCGUCCGGGAGCACAGAGGGAGAACCCGCGCGAAAAUGAGGGAACGGGACUUCAUGCCAAACAUGGAACGGGGCAAACCGGCCACAUACACGGGAGACAAAAAAGCUAAAAUGGCUGCUAAAACCAAUAAAAAGUGGGUGAGACUGGCAACUGUAUUCGCAUAUGUCUUGUCGGUGUCUUUGGCUGCUAUAAUACUGGCAAUUUAUUAUAGUUUGAUAUGGAAACCGACGUCUGCAUCUCUGUCUGGACGGUCAAAUGUUUUGGUGACGGCUGCAAUUAAGCCCAUAAUCACAAAUAACAUCACAAGUGAUGUACCAACCUCGAACAAGAUGAAUAAUACACCACUGGUCAGCCUGAGAUCGACAGAGACCCCCAAGUAUGCCCACUCUACUUCUUCAUAUAGACAACAACACUGGGGUGAUGCUAAAGAUCAUGAAGGUCUUCUCAAAAUCCCCACAACAAAAACAAAGAAUACUGACCAAACAGGAACAUUUGACUCGGCACACAUUCAUGAAAAACCAAUACGUUUUAGUACAGUAGAAGUUAACCAAACUAGUGUUCUUGUAGCAGGUGCAUCAAGUGAACCUCCUCUGGCCCAUGGAGCCACAUCUUCUACUAAACAAAACGACAGUUCUGGGGUCGGUGCCACUGAGGAACGGCCUAACAUGUGGGAUUCAGCCUCUCCCACAACUGACCAAGAAUCAUGGACAAGCUACAUUGCGAGACCUGACGUCUCCUCUUUGACAGAACAUGGUCUGGAAUUAAUGGAGGGCUCGCAUCCUUUGCAAGAUGAGUUGGUUACCAAGGACACAGAGGAUGCAGCAAGUGGAGUGUGACACCAGAUUAUUUGUGUGGCACGUAAUUAUAUGACAUUAGCUGUGAUGACUGUGCAGCGAGAGAAAUAACAACUGCCAAUGUGAGAGUCAUCAUACAGUUUAUACUCAUUUGGUUUCUAUUUAAAGGACAGAAACUGUGCUGACCUACCUGCUUUAAAAAAAGCUUAUUUAAAGGUUGUUACAUUAAAGAGUGCAAUAGAUGGGUUCCGAAAGUAAAAAUCCCAUUCAUUUUCUAGACUGAGGAAUUGAUUUAGAACGAUUAAGACCUACUGUGAGCUACAAGGUUUUUAACUGGUGUUACAUGCUUAAAAAAAAAAAAAAAAAAAAAAAAAAACACCAGACUGCACUAUUUAAACUUAUUUUUUUUUUUUUUUAAUAAUUGUGUUUAUCAGCAGGAUUCUUGGUGUAAAACUACAUUACCCAUGAUUCUGAAAAGAAAACUUCACCAAUCAGAGAAUUUCAUUAGGCAAAUUGCCCCUCCAAAAGCUGUUUUGCAAUCCAGUCACUCUCCAAUUAUUUUUCAUAAUUUUUAAAUGAUGUCAUUUGCAAUUCUUCUAAUGAUGUUUUUCACCUUGUGGCUGGUUGAUUUGGUCAAUGGCUUAGAACUCUUCGAUGAAGACUUCUUUUUUUAAUUCUAUGGGAAAAGUGAAUGGGAAAAAAACUUACGGAACCAAGGCUGCUGAAAAAAUGGGCAAGCACUGAUGCAUAAUUCAUUUGCAGCUAAAUCACAGACAUGUUCAUAUUCAGAAUAACAGAACAAUUAUGUGAUAUAGCUUUUAUAAAACAGUUCUAUAAACCUUCAGUUAGUAUCCAGCAACCUACAAUUUAGACAAAACUUUGCCAGUUAGUGUGUAUAUCUCUUUCCAGUGACAGAAGUUCCAAAAUAUGUCAAAUUUGACAAAGUAGUAUACGGACACAGCUCCACAUUCAUUCCUGCUUUUCUAAAAACAAUGGGGAAAAUUUGUAAAGAAUUAAAACACAGUGCCGUUAUACUAAAUAUAAAGUCCUGGAACACUUCUUCAAAUCAACUCAAGGAUAAAAAUGAACUGUUGUAUAAUGGAUUGAUAAAGAUUGUGGUUAAGCGAUAGGAUCAUGGUUCUUGAGAUGUCUUUUUGAACAACAGGAAAAUGAGCCAUUCUCGUCACCAACAAUCCUUUAGUAGCAUUUAUUUCAUUGUUUUGUAAUUGUGAGCAACUUAAACACUGUUUAAAGCAACUUAGAACACUUUGCCUAUAGAGUUCAGGAAUGGAAUAUCUGUCUGAAUAAAGAAAACCUGGCUAGUAGGAAAAAUUCACUGUGCAAACUCACCCAUGUUGACAUUUUUAACUGUCUUUUAUAAAUCAGUGUUUGUUGAGCAAGAUAUAUAAUAACUGAAAUAUGACGUAUGAAUAAACACAUAUUUUUCUUUCAGUGCAAUGAUUAUUGAACCAGAAAUGUGUCCACCUUAAGUGACUUCUUACUAAAAAGACGUAAAGCAGUUUUCUGAAGUGGAGUGGUUAUGACUGUUUAAAAGGGGCACAUAUUUGGGAAUUAAACUUGUCCUG